AUGUCUGACGAAAACGUGAAUACCUUGGCUGAAAAGUACCAAUCUCUUCGUAAUGUACCUGGUAAGAUUGGAGGUGGCAACUAUGACGAGAGAGUGGAUUCUGCUUCAGGUGAGAAAUAUCAGGUCAUGAAGGCUCUAGGCGACCAACUUGGUUUGCCUGGUACUCCUGCUGCUGAUAUCUUAUCCAAGCUUGGUAAACCUGAUGAGUUGACACCAACACUGGAUCAUUCGCAAGCCUCCAUUCAAACAAUGCCAGGCCCGGCUAUUCCUGCCUCUGGUGAUGGAAACGCAAACGAGAGCUCUGCUAACCAACAAUCCUUUUACUUUGUAUAUAAUCUUGUACCCAAGAAGCAUUAUCUCUACUUUAAGAUUGAUCCUGUAAAUGAAAAGGUCAUCACAUCAGAUUGGCACAAAUCUGAUUAA